AAUGCUCACCUCCCCACAGACUGGUAACUCAAAGUUCCAAAGACUCGGCUUUCGGUUCCAGCACAGAUGGGAUGAACAAAGACGUUGCGGACGACAAUUCCGUCCAGGCUUCCCGCUGGACACACCCCGGGAGCCCCUCGAAGAACCAGAGGAUCUCGGGAACGACUCUGACACCGGGAGUGAGACGAGUGAACGAAUCUCUCCAGAUCUUCACCGCAACAGCGAUGAAGGUGACAGAGAGAAGCAAGAAUCAACGAUAAUUCCGAGUAAACUUGGUGCGGAUGACGCUCUUUCUGCUAGCAAGAAGGAAGAGGCUACUUCAAGAAUGGCCGCAACUCCUCCCAGAGGCUCUCCGGUUCUCCAAGAAACCGGUGGUUCAUUGACUACCACCACCAGCGAAUCUCCCGGCCAAAAACAUAACCCUACUAUAAUUCCACCGACCAUCGUGACCUCUGACCUGACCAAAGGUGACCCAGUGACGGGGAGCUGCAGGUCAGUGGUUAACCUACAAGAAGUGAUUGACCUGCGGGUGGUAGAGGCACAACGGUCAGGUCACCUCGAUUUGUCCAAUUUAGGCUUGCCUUUCUUUCCCUCAGCUGUGCUUCUGGCUGAUGGCUCCAUGAUUCACAGAGUCAGUCUACAGGACAAUCAGCUGGUUGAGUUGACCGGAUCAUCGCUGACCCAGCUGACCUCCGUGACCUGGCUUGACCUUCGCUACAACCUACUGAGUGACCUGCCUAGGGAGGUGGCUUGUCUCUCGCGCCUCCAGGUCCUCCUCCUCCAGGGGAACCGACUCACCUCCCUCCCUGCCUCACUCGGUACAUUACCGGAGCUGGCGACGCUGCAGGUGAGUGACAACCCAAUCAUCUUCCCACCGCCUGAUGUUAUAAAAGGAGGGACCCGCGUUAUUUUGCGAUUCCUGAAGGAAAAAUGUGCCGCUAGUGAAAAUAACGAGAGCCUUACCAACCCUUGCACCGCUGACGAGGAUCACCCCGGGGGAAAUCAUAAAAUUUUAGCUUCAAACGCCAGGGAACGUUCGGAAAGUUGGGAGGAGGAAGAAGAAGAAGAUAGUUCGUUUGAUAAUGAGGAAAAUGGCGGUGGUGUGGAGAGGUGUGGCAGCGCCCGGACAUGGUAUGGAUGGGACGGUGGGAGUGAAGGUGACACUGAGGACUCUGAAAGUGAUCAAAAUUCUCGCCGACGGCAGAAAAGAGGCAGUGAAAACGAGUCGAAAGAUGAUGAAGAUGAAGAAAAGGGUGAUAACCCCCCCUCACUCUCCACCAACUUCCGCAUCGCCAUCACCAAGGGCGUGGAGGAGCAGCACGACCUCCACCUCAGCCUCCAGCAGCGUCCUGACAGCGAGAGUGACACUCUAGGGCGAGCUUCUAGCCCCGCCUCGGCGUGUCUCUUGACCCCCAACUUCGACUUCCCAACGAGACCAGAGUUCGACGUGACGCGCGAGGACGCGACUUGCGAGCGAGGCCUGGGGCACGACCCCAGGGGCCCCGAGGACAACACCCCAGGAGUGACCUGGAGCUGUGACUGUGUCCAGGACACAUCUUGCAUCUCUCCAGACAGCAGGAUGCGCAUCCUCAACAGGCUUCCAGACUCCAAGCACCGAUUUCUCAACUCCUUCAGCAGUCCGCGUGCUGACUCCCUUCAGAGCUUUCUCCUGCCGGUGGGCUCCAUCAUGGUGCCUUCAGAGGCACUGAGCCACAUAGAGGGCCACCGCAGGACCAUACAUCUCCACCUGCAGGGUGACCCCCACCAGUUGGAGGACGACAUGGAGAGCCUGGAGGGAGACCUAGGAGAAGGUUAUAGGAGACCACUCAGUGAAGCUCUCAGCCACACUGAUGACGACUGUCAGCGACAGGUGAACAGCAUCUCGCUACCAGUUGUGAGGCUGCAGCUGCCCAGCUUGGAGGAGCAGCUACUGCUGCAGCAGCAGCAGCAGCAGCUGCGAGGAGGGACAGCAGCAGGCAGCAGGAGACUCUGGAGGACGGCCAGGAGACCGCUGGAGGGCAGCAGGAGGUCCAGACCAUCUCUGGUCUCCAAGAGGAACCAGAAAGAGCAACAUAAACCAAAGUUAGUGACGGUGGCGGAGGUGCAUAGGAGAGCCAGGGAGGAGAGGAGGAGACAGAGAGAGAGGCUAGCGGCGGCCCGGGAACUGGAUGCUAACCAGAGACUUAAGUACGUAGUUCGUGAAUAACAAGAGAAUGUGCGUGAAUUUCCUGUGUGUGGGUGG